AUGUUUUUCGCCAUAGUCCUUUUAGUUGUUUUUCUCGCGGACAUACGGGUUGCCGGUUUGAAGAGCGGUGACGGUGUGCUAGAGAUUCGCGAGACGCACCCUACCGCCCACUUCCAAAUCUACGAUGCGCCCGUGGAAGUUAAGCCAUCUACCCGCCGCGCAAUUGACAACACGAAUGAGUCGCAAAGCAUCCACCUCGCCCUCGCUUAUCUGCAGAAAAGCCACGGGAUCCAGCCUGAAAAUGUCAGAGUUACAGAUGCUUACACCAAUAAAGACACUGGGAUUAGCCAUAUCUACGUACGUCAGACCUCUGACGGGCUCGACUUGCUCAAUAGUCUCACCAACGUGAACAUCGACGAUCAUGGAAGGGUCAUAUCGUCCUCCCAUGCCUUCGCACCGAUUCACGAGCUGCGCAAAAUAGUACGCUCGUGUAGGCGGAGCUUGACAACUCGCUCUGAUCAAUAUACCUCGCUGAAGUCUGCAUUGAAGACGUUAAGCAAGCACCUCAAUGCAGAAAUUGACGACGAUGCACUCCAAACAAUGCGUAUUUCUAUGCUGCCUUCCGAUGAAGCUCAUGCUCCUACGCUCGUCAUCGAGAAUAUUCCUAUGACUCUGGCUGAAGAUGGUGCAGCCACGGCUCAACAAUCAAUCAUGCGACGAUCGGACGGCUCCUUGGCUCACGUAUGGGACAUAACUCUCAGGCAGGCAAAUCACCGCUGGAAUGCAAGAGUUAAUACAGCAACGGGAGGCAUUGAGUUGCUGGCGGACCAAAUGCUACGAGUGGUUGGAAGGGGAUCUGAUACUAAGCCCGCUAAGUCUUCCACCGGCAGCACUCUGCAGAAGCGGCUGUCAUACCAAGUGGUACCUAUUACGAGACAAGACCCUAGAGACGGAUUUGAAUUCGUCGUGAAUCCAGAAACUGCAUCAAGUCCCAAUGGAUGGGUUUACUCGACCAAUACCUCUGGAAACAAUGCGUUGGCUUUCAAAGGAGCUCAAACGAAUGUGGCAGUUGAAACUAGCCCCGAUACCUUUGCAUAUUAUCACGAAGAUACCGAAUCACCAGCGACACCACAGAAUGUCGGUGUGGCCAUAACGAACGCAUUCUAUGUUGUGAAUUCCUUGCACGAUAUUCUCUAUAUUUACGGCUUUAAUGAAGCAACUUUCAACUUCCAAGACGAUAAUUUUGGGAGGGGAGGGCAGGGAAAUGACCGCGUCACUAUUUCGGUACAAGACGAUCGUGAUACCAAUAAUGCUGAAUUCUACACACCACCCGAUGGGCAAAAUGGCGAGAUGCGGCUUUUCCUCUUUGACCUCACUAAUCCAAACCGUGAUGGUGCAUUGGAAGACGACAUAAUUACCAGCUUAUACGCACAAGGCAUGGCAGAUCGUCUCACCGGUGGAGGAUCGGCAUCCUGCUUACAAAGUACAAUAUCGUCGGGCUUGCUGGUGGGUUGGGGAGAUGCUGUGGCAGAUUGGGUUGAACAGACGGAUACUGUACCAGACUUUACUCUGGGCACCUAUGUGGAAAAUAACCAACGCGGUGUACGAAGUCACCCAUACUCACGGGAUGUGUAUGUCAACCCGCUUACAUACACGGACGGUCCACCCUCAGCAGGGCAGACUCACAUCGGAGAAGUAUGGGCGAAUAUGCUGCACAACGUUUUAGCAUCCCUGGUAGAUAACCGUGGCUGGAGUAAUACUGGCCUAACCGACUCAAGUGGAACUCUCGGCAAUGUUGUGUAUAUGCAUUUGCUUGUGGACGGCUUGUCGAUACAGCCAUGCGAACCGACCUUCAUUACUGCGCGCGAUGCCAUUAUACAAGCCGACCAGAACAGAUAUAACGGGGAUCACUUUUGCAUACUCUGGCGAGUUUUUGCUAGUAGGGGACUUGGAUUUGGCGCCGCCGAGGAUAAUGUUAACGAGUAUUCGGUUCCACCAGGCUGCUAG